AUGACAAACCACCGCGCAUGGGCCAUGUUGGAGGACUUGGUGGUUCCUGGUUGCGAAGGAGGGCUCAUGCCGAAGUUUGAAGUGGACGUUUUCCACUACCGAUGUCUGCUCUCCAAUGAAGUGGAGACCCUGAAGGUAAUUCCAAGGGUGAUGUGGAUGCCCUUCGACCAGAAGUUGCAAAUUCACGUCAAGGGCAAAAAGUGGAAAAGCGGCAACGUGUUUCAGCAGCCGCUGGGUGAUGAUGGAAAGGCGGAGGUUGACAUCAGGGUAACAGCUUCGGAUCUCAAGCACAAGGAGACAUACCACAUUUCUGCACAAGGCUCUCCCUUGGAAGAGCGUGGCCGACUCUUCACAACGGAAGGGCCGCCACCCCAGGAGCCGCCCACCACGGUCCCAGUGACGCCUCUGCCAGCUGCCCAGACGAAUCGAAUUGAAUCCAGGAAGAGAAGGGAAAGCAACUCGUUCAGGCCAGCUUACCGCUACAGUACCAUGUCUCCAGAGCCUCCGAAGCCGAAGCUGGCCGUUGCAACGUGCGCCGCACGUAGCUGUUCGUCAGUUCGGCUUCCGUCCAUCAUCUAA